GUCUUGGAUAUAUAUCUUAAGCCAACCUCAUUUUAUAAACAUUUUGAAGAUUACGGCCGUAAAAGAUUUUCAAGUUUUCCACAAUACACACAUAAACGUGUUUUAAAAACAUUAAACUAUUUGAAACAACUUUGUGGCAGACGCUUUUCGACAUACUUUAUGGUUUUUAGGGGGCGACCGUUCAAGGUUUUUAAAAGGAGCAACAUAUCAAAGUAUGACUGAAAAAGCGAACAGUAGAAAAUUUUAGAAGUGUACCAUUAACAAACAAGUUUAUACACAAAUACCAUAGUUUCUAACCGACUUCAGCAAAACUCGGUGUGGAAAUAGUAGUCAUGUGUUUCUUAGUCAUACUUAUUCAAUUAGCGGUGUGUUACCAUGGCAGCUAUUUUUUUCUUUUUUUAUAUAAGUGCGUUCGUAAAGGUUAUCUUUGACUUUAUUACUACUAGUAACAUGAUAACCUAAUCUAAACAUACUUAUAUCACGUAAUAACAAGUAGUAGGCAGGAACAGAGUGUUCUUCUCGCCGACGUCUUCUUUUUGGGAGGCUGAAAAUAAGAACCGAUCAUCAUAAUGACAUACACUUAACUUCGACAGUUGAGGUGAAAAACAAAGGUAAAAGAUGAAGUGCCCAGAGGUUAACUCCUGCUGCUGCUGCUUCUCUCUCAGAACGGGCUCAGCAAUUUUUGGACUUAUUUCCUUGUUGUUGAGUGCUCUGUUCGCUAUCCAAUCAGCUUUUGAACUGUUUCUCACAUCUGUGAGUGAUGACGAUAAGGCUACAUCGUCCUGGGUGCUGGGGGGAGAUAUCUGCAUACAGCUGAUUCAGACCCUGACUGCACUCAUCCUGCUGCUGGGAGUUUUCCAGGAAAACUGUUCACUACUCAAACCCUGGCUCUUCACUACGAUCCUGGUCCUCAUUGCAGAGCUAGCGUUUCUGCCCUCCUUCCCCGGCAGGAUUUUGAUUUUCUCGGACUACGCCUGGAACUGGACCAGGUUCUUCAUCAACCUACCGUUCAUAAUUGACGAUAUAUAUGGCUUCUUGGUGGUGUACAGCUACUCUUGCACUCUCUGUCCUGGUAGCCAUGUCGUGUAACCAGCAUUCAGAUGUUCCUGGAGGCUCGCAGUCUGGAGAAACGUAUAUGUUAAGAAAUGCAAAGCCUGCGCUUAAUAUACAUAGCACAUAGUAUUGUGUACAUAGAGAAUCAGCUACUUGUUUUUUAUCUGUUUGUAUUGGUUGCUUAUUUUGAAUGUGAUAAAAGUUAUUUUCACUUAUCGUUUUGAACAGGAAUUAUUCAUAAUUCAGUUGUUUAUAUAUGUCUAACUUAUAAAUGACAAAUAUUUAUGCGAGCUUAAAUAUUGUUGUGUUUUGUUCGUACAGGGUAUUACUUUUAAUUUCAGUAAGAACACUGUUGUCAGUUUAAAUUUUUAAUAAUAUUAUUACGAGCUCACUUAAAAAAAUUGAAUUUAUAGUGUUAAUAAUUGUUUUUAGUACAAGAAAAUAACUGGUACACCUAUUCUUAAAAAUGGUUAUUUUGUUUAAAACUUUUAGUGAGUAUAAUUUAUUAUUUAUUUACAUUCUUCUUGUAAACUAUUCUUAGUACAAAAGUGUAUUAUUUGAAUUAUGGAAACAUAAAUCAAUUUUAAUCUUAGGUUUUUGUUGAUAUCAUUGUGAAUCUCAAAAUAUUAUAAAAAUAGAUUGUAUGUAAUAAAAAUACUUGCGGACGAAAAGCGUAGUUAUUAUAGUGUAGGCGUAAUUACUAUGGUAUAUCUCUUUAAAGUUAGAAAAAUUGAAAAUAAAAUUAAAGUUAAUGUAAAAUAUUUAUUUUUUUACACUGAAUGUAUUUUUCAGAGAAGUAGUUAUCAAACACAAUGUUAUUUACUUAACUUAAAUAAUUGUAUUUUUAUACUUGUUAAUGAUAGUGAUUUAUGUAUACCUUCAAACAAAAUAACUGUAUAUGUUAAUUAUAUAAGAUAUUAAUCUUAAGAGCAUUUAUUUUGUUGUAGCAGUUGAUCAUUUAUAUAAUGUUUGCCUCCAUAUACCAUAAUACAGUUUAAUAAAGUUACCACAUA